GAGAUGAAGAGAGAUGAAACUACUAAAUAUCCUCUGCUUCUGCCUGGCUGUCCUCGCCUCCACUUGGGCUGAGGACGCAGCGGCCGUGUUGAGCCCUCGUGGAACCCGACCAGUAGAACACGGUUACAAGGCUGAUAAAUGUGCCUCAGAGAGGAGUUGGCCUUUCUGCUCAGAUGACGACUGGGGUCCUAAGUGCCCGUCAGGUUGUCGUAUCCAGGGUCUGUUAGACAAGGCAGACCAUUCCCUGCUGAAGAAGAUAGAGAAGAUUAGGCAGCUCCUUGACCAGAACAGAGCCAAACACCGCUCUGCCGACCAGGCAUCCAAACAGACCUAUGACUACCUCAAGGAGAAACUCACCUCCAACGCAGGUAAUGACAACAGCUUCUAUGACCUGGCUGAACGCCUCCGUCAGAGGAUCGUCGACAUCAAGAUCAAGAUAGACCGCCAGCUGAGGAUCCUCAACGCUCUGAAGAUCAGCAUCAGAGACCAGGUUAUAGAGAUGCAGAGGAUGGAGGUGGACAUUGACAUCAAGCUGCGCUCCUGUAAGGGGUCUUGUAAGGGCUACGCUGAGUUCUCCGUUGACCAAUCAUCCUACGUGGCCCUGGACAAGCAGAUGGACCAGCUGGAAGCCCAGAGGGUUCAGUCUGUUGAGACCGUCGGCUCGCUGCACAUUAUGAAGAGCCGCCCGCUUAAAGACGUCUUGGUCGACAGCAAGUUUAAGUCCAGCCUGGCAGGGGAGCAGAAGCAGGAUUUCUUCCCGGAGGUGAAGUCCGUGAAACUGACCUUGGAGGCUGAGGGGUCCAGCGCUUCGUCUGCCGCCUCUGUCAGCAAGGUCCCGGGUACGCACUUCCAGCCUUCGACCUCAGGGUCUUCAUCUUCUUCAUCUUCAUCAUCGAGUUGGUCGACGGGUUCAGGGUCGAUGGAUGGGUCGAAGAAAACGAUCACGGAGCUGGGUGGGGGUGGUGGUACGAGGGGGGAUGGAGAUGGGGAUUUCUUUAAGGGGAUGGGUGGACUCGGCGGAGGGCUGGGGAGUCUUGGAGGCGGAGAUUUCACCUCUACCGGUCACCAGACCACGCAUGUAUCGAGCUGCACCAAGACCAUAAAGAAGACGAUAGUGCAUACGAAGGACGGGCCGGUGGAACGCAUCGAGGAAGUUUCGAGCGGACCAGGCUGUGAGGCAAUGAAGCUCGAUGGCGGAGGAGGGAUGGGGGACUUCUUCCCAUCCCUCUCUUCCUCUUCCUCCUCCUCCUCCUCCUCCUCAUUCACCAAAUCCACAAGCCACGGCAGUAACAAGGGAGGCAGUAGCCUCUUCAGCAGUACCAAGACCGGCGGCGCUGCCGACGGCUUCGGAGCUGAUUCAUUCGGGAUGGAUCUCGGAGCGUUUAUGCGCGGGAAAGAUGACGAUGAUGUCCCGGAUUUCCUCAGCCACAGCCACGGCGUGAAAACUAGCGUCCGGAGCAAACGGCAGGCAGAUUAUGUGGAAAAAAGUACAUCUGACCAGGAGUAACUGCCUAAUAUUUGACCUAGCUAGCCGCUGUUUAGCCACUGUUAGUAUCUUAGCCUAGUGGCCGUUAGCAAUUAGCAUGUUAGCCUCUAUUAGCAUCUUAGCCAAACUGACAUUAGCGAUUAGCACCUUGGCCUCGCGGCCGUUAGCAAUUAGCAUGUUAGCCUUCAUUAGCAUCUUAGCCAAACUGACAUUAGCGAUUAGCAUCUUAGCCUAGCGGCCGUUAGCGGUGAGCGUCUUGGCCAGCAGCUCCUAGCGUCAUAGCUAGCAGUGAGAAGUGAAACGUUUCUAUUUUUUUGUCGUAGCUCAAAUCAAAUCCUAGAAUGUGAUCCACAGUAGCCUAAUUAAUAAACAAUUGUAAAGUAGUUCAGCCAAUUGCUCAUAUGAUGUGUUUGUGUUAAAAAAAUAAUAAUAAUCUAACAAAUUGUAUAAAAUAAGUUCCAGAGAUACUGUCUAAAAUAUGCUGUACUAUACAUAGUGUAUUCUCAACCGCUCCUGAGCUGACUACCAGAAGGGGUUCGGAGGGGUAAAGGGGAGGUAUGGCUGAGGUUACAAACACUCUUCUGACCCGGGCACCUGAGGGUAGAGCUAGAAGACCGUGAGGGAAGAGGUUGGCAUGAGGGAGGGAAAGAAGUAGAGGGGAAGAGGUAGGAAAGGUGAUAGAGGAAGAGAGAGAGAAGGAUGGGGAGUGAGUGACAGAGAGAUAGAGAGAGACAUUGCUGACUGUUGAUUCUGUGAGUAGAUGAUUAAAAUGUGUUUUUUUUUGUCUGACCCUGUGAAUGAUGUCAAUGUACUGAAUGUUCAUGGACAAAAACAAACCACCGGCUAACUUCUGAACCAAUCAGGUACUGCCAAUGUUCAAAUAACUGUUCUAAGAACAGAAAGGGGUUCUAAGAACUACGUUAGAACUUCCGUUAGAAUGUCCAAACCAAGCUACUGAUGCGACAAUAAAAAUAUUUUCACUUCAA